GGUCGUCUCGAGGUCGUCUCGAGGUCGUCUUGAGGUCGUCUUGAGGUCGUCUUGAGGUCGUCUUGAGGUCGUCUUGAGGUCGUCUUGAGGUCGUCUCGAGGUCGUCUCGAGGUCGUCUCGAGGUCGUCUUGAGGUCGUCCCACAGCAUCUCAAUCGGGUCCAGGUCAGGACCGGGUCACUCCAGAAGGCAGUAUUUUCCUCUGUUGAAGAGCAAAUUCUGUUGUUGAUUUACUACUGUGCUUCCUGUUGCAUCACCCAACAUCCUGUGGAGCUUCAACAGACAGACAGUCCAACAUUCUCCUGCAAAAUGUCUUGAUAAUCUUUGGGAAGAAUUGGUGUGCUGUGCCUUUUUUUCCCCUCCACACAUAGUGUUGUGUGUUCCAUUCUUCUUUAGUGUUUUACGUAUCGUAGACGCGCCAACAGAGAUGUUCGCAUGUUCCAGAGAUUUCUGUAAGUGUUCAGCUGACACUCUAGGAUUCUUCUGAACCCUCAUUGAGGAUUCUGCGCUGUGCUCUUGCAGUCAUCUUUGCAGGACAGGCCACUCCUUUUAAUGUAACCUUUAUUUACAGUAACUAAGCAAGUCAGUUAAAGAACAAAUUAUUAUUUAUGAAGACAGUCUACCACCGGCCAAACCCGGACAACGCUGAGCCAAUUGUGAGCCUCCCUAUGGGACUCCCAAUCACGGCCGGAUGUGAUACAGCCUGGAAUAGAACCAGGGACUGUAGUGACGCCUCUUGCGCUGAGAUGUAGUGCCUUAGACAGCUGCGCCACUCGGGGAGCCCCAUAACAAAGAUGGUAACAACACAGUAAAUGUGCAAGAGGGACAACUAGUUACUAAAGCUCGCGCUGUGAUUGGAGCGUUUCGCUUCCGCAGCUGCGCAGACACGGGGGACCUCGCUGGAGCUGUCAUCUGGAAAGGGAGGAGAGGAACAGAGAGAAUAACAAAAUAAACGCAGCGAGGACGCGAACACUCAAGAAAGGGUCAGAAGCUGUCUUCCUGGUGAAGCCAUAUGAUUGGCUGAAGCAGAACUCCUCUGUCUGUGAUUGGUCAUCGAGUGUAGACGCUGUGAUUGGCUGAGAAGUCCAAACAUGGACCCACACCAUCCUGGGGUGACCAACAAUCCUUAGCUCUACGGAGGCCCCGCUUCUUCGGUGAGGAUGUCAAUAGACGUGGCCAAUAGGAACGGCCCUGCCCUGACUCCUCCCGCCUCACUCAGCCUUCGCUCCUCCCACAAUCGUGAUGUCAGUGGCGGUGAUGUCACCAGGCUAGGUUGGGCCACGUUUCCUAAGUGUCGUAAGAAGUAUUGUCUGACCAGCAUCCAGAAUGCAAUGGGGCUGAGUGAUGUAACUCUUCCUCUGUCGUCGUCGACUCCCAACAAUCCCGAACUGGCCCAGAACGGGCUGAACACGACCCCUGACCCCAACUCAACCACAGCCGAACCACAUGGACAACAUGACCACAACAAGAACACAACCCCUGACCCCGACUCAACCACAGCCGAACCACAUGGACAACAUGACCACAACAAGAACACGACCCCUGACCCCGACUCAACCACAGCCGAACCACAUGGACAACAUGACCACAACAAGAACACGACCCCUGACCCCGACUCAACCACAGCCGAACCACAUGGACAACAUGACCACAACAAGAAAACGACCCCUGACCCCGACUCAACCACAGCUGAACGACAUGGACAACAUGACCACAACAAGAACACAACCCCUGACCCCGACUCAACCACAGCCGAACGACAUGGACAACAUGACCACAACAAGAACACGACCCCUGACCCCGACUCAACCACAGCCGAACCACAUGGACAACAUGACCACAACAAGAACACGACCCCUGACCCCGACUCAACCACAGCCGAACGACAUGGACAACAUGACCACAACAAGAACACAACCCCUGACCCCGACUCAACCACAGCCGAACCACAUGGACAACAUGACCACAACAAGAACACGACCCCUGACCCCGACUCAACCACAGCCGAACCACAUGGACAACAUGACCACAACAAGAACACAACCCCUGACCCCGACUCAACCACAGCCGAACCACAUGGACAACAUGACCACAACAAGAACACGACCCUGACCCCGACUCAACCACAGCCGAACCACAUGGACAACAUGACCACAACAAGAACACGACCCUGA